AGAAAGAAAGAAAUCUAAGCCAGAGCCGCCUCUUUUCUCCUUCCAGUCACCGAUUAUCAAAUAGUGCAAAACUCCGAAUUUCAAAAUUCACCAAGAAAGAAAUCAAAUCUCCCAUCCAGAAAUUCCAUCUUACAAAUCCUCCCUGCAAAUCUCACUUCAAUCCAUCGUCGCAAUAAAUCAAUAAAUCAAAUCGUGUUCAAUCAAAUCGCAAUUAAAUCAAAAUCAAAAUCCCGACUACCAACUGGUCAAAUUCUAUCCCCAAACCGUUCACACCGCAAAACUGGCAAUUUUCGAGAACAAUGGCUCCAAGUAUGAAAAACAGUCAUAGUAGUAGUAAUUGUGGCGGCGAGGUAGUCGGCUCUCAAGCCAACGUCCUCGCCAGCUGCUACAUUGUCGAUUCUUCCGCUCGUCUUUCUGGAUUCCAUUACUCCACUACCGGCGCUGGCGGUGGUAUCCCUGAGGUCCGCUCAGGGUCAAUAUCCCCUCCGUCAAGUCCCCCUCUUGCGGCCUUGACAUCUGCCAACGAAUUCGCAUUAAUCAAUCAUUCAAUGAAGAAUCGAGGUAGAACUACAAGCCGCAAAGAGGGGGCAGCGUACGCCAUCCGGGAAGAGUGUGAGAGACUCUUUUGCGAGAACAUGAAAACCAUUUUUCUUGGUGAAGAAGAAAGUGCGAGUAGUGACUCAAACGUGAUGGGUGCGGACACGUAUUCAAGUCUUGACGAUGAUGUGGAUACGCAUGAUAAUUACUUUGGUGUCGUCAAAUCAGGCCAUGCAAUCGAUGCUUGGGUCGAGAUUUGGGAUUACACGGGAGGGUGCAGUUUUCGUGGAUUUGUUGGCGGAAAUGGUGAUGAGAAAACACUCUUUGCAUUCUUUGACAAUUCAGUCAUUGGAAGGGAUUUAAAACAGGGACUGAUGGCACUCAUUGAACUCGCGGAUGAAGUAUUCGCAGUCUCCAAAGUCGUUAUUAAUGUUGAUCGAUCAAUUCCCGAAGGAGAUAGAUCAACUUUCCUGAAAAGUCUUCGUUGGGUUGGAUUCGAAUUGACAACCCUUGACAUGUGGUCGCAUCAACUGGAUACCACGAGUGAAAGAUGGUUAUUGAUGGGAUUGGAAGUUUAAGAUGGAUUUGAUAGGAUUGGAAGUUUAAGAUGG